GUGACCCAAAGUGACAGUCCGCUUGGUUGCUUUGUUUAUAAACAUUCAUGUACGUGUGUUGCUACGUCGCGUUUCUCUGUGCGGCCGUGAAGAUUUGUUGUAAAUAGUAAUCCGUUUGCGUUAAGUUGGCGAUCGCACGCCUUUACGUGUGCCCUUUCAAUUAUAUCCCAAGUGCCCCCCCCCCGGCAGCCCCUUCCGACUGGCGGUGUUUCCCGCGACCUGCAACCCACCCGAAGCCGACACGGAAAACGUCAGCAACGAUGAGUGUUAAGGCUGGCCCACAGCCAGAGACGCUGUUUCACUCGUGUAUCCGGUUUGUGGCAAAAAACCUACAACUGUACAAAAACAUCGAGUAUCUCGAGCUGCUGCCGGCGCUGGUAAAGAAUGCCAUCUUUCUGAACGUUGUGCGCGUUCACAAAGGCUUCCACGACGACGAACUGCCCCGGCUGCUGCUCAACUCGUCCCUCACGCGAAUAAACCUCUCCACAUCGACGAUCACGGACGGCAUCUUGACGCUGCUGGCCGAAAAGUGUCCUCACCUGCGUAGCCUUACCCUAACCGAGGGCAACUAUCGGUUUACCCGUGCCGGCCUGCACACGAUGGUACAGCGGUUGGGCAAACUGCAGCAUUUGUACGUGAAAAAUUGCCCGCUAAUUGAUGACGAGUUUGUGCGGCUGCUGGCGCGUAGCUGUCCCCAGCUGGACACGCUUGACCUGGAGUCGUGCAAGAGCGUCGGGGACGGAUCGGCCGACAGUUUGUCGGGUAUGCCGCUGGUACGGCUAAACGUUUCGCAUACGAGCAUUACGGACAAAUUUCUAAAAGCGAUCGCAAACGAACGGUGCGGCAAGACGCUGGAAGACCUGAACGUAGGGCACUGUCCGAUUACGAGCGACGGGCUGUCGGCACUGUCCUGGAACACGAUCAAAUACAUCGGUUUCGAGGGAUGCAGUAUUGAGGAUCUCGAAAUUGUUGGCUUCGGCAAGCAUUUGAAGUACAUCUGCUGGACCAUCUCUAACUGACUUCAAGCAACAGCAGCAGCGGCCGCUGGAAUUACCCAAACGCUACAGCUACGCAAGCAACAUGCAAAGGUAGUUAUAUCUGCACAGACAAAUACGACUACUGGCCCACUUACCAUUUAACCGACAACACGGACACACCUGAGCGGGUGAGCAAAUGAAAAGCGACUUUUUUUUUUUGUUUGAAUUUCGAAAGGCAAUAUAAGAUGGCAAUAUAAUCCAGUGAUAGCAAACACAGUUAGGCAAUGUCCUUCUGCGAGGGAGCGUGGAAGAAGGCUAGUAUUAUAACGUGGACCAACAAAAGCUAACUAAACGUACGAAAGGAAGCUGCUAUGCUCCUAAAAGGCACCAGCAGCAGUGAAAAUUACAUCCCCCAGGCAUAGAUGAUGGCUAUAUUUUAAAGGAUGCACGCCUGUAGCAUCGCUACUACUACUACUAAUAAUACUACUGCUAAUCGAACAACUACUUACACACUCUAUUUAGCACACAUACACGCAUAGUAGCUACUAGUUACUGAUAACUUAUAACUAAAUUGCCAGGAAAAUAUUUCAAACUACUACCAUUUAUAGCAAAAAGACACUAGCAAACAGAGAAGCAAUCAAUUGUAAUACUAGCGUAUAAGUAAAGUAGUGUGUGCGUUGAACCGGAAACAGUUACAAACACACAAAAACACGAUCUCCUUUACCAUCAACUUCCUUCACAUUUCCCGCCAUUAGUCACAUUAGACUUAAACCCAACCACCCUAGACGGGGCGAUAGCGGUAGCAAUAAAUGCAAACAGGAUUUUCUAACGGACCAUUACACAUAGUAUUGAUAGGUAUAGGGCGAUGGGUCCAUCGGCAUCCAGCACUAGCGCUAGCCUUCGCUGGCGGCGCAACAGCGUAGCGAGAAAACUAUUUUAAAACGAAGCAGCAGCACGGUGAUAUUGUUGUACCGACGGAGCAAGUACAAGCACUAGCCGGUAGUAGAGUAAGAGUAAAAAUCAAACAUUUAUACCACAUGGAUAGGGAGAGACGGUCGAACUAGCACACGGCUGCUCAAACGGGUCGCCUAGCCAUUCUCAUUUCUUCGUACACUAAAGUUUUGUAUCGAAAGUGUGGAAGCACAGCACAACAACCAAAAGAGGCCUCGAAUUGAUUCACCACCAGGCAUUUGAUUUAGUAUCGCGAACAAACCGUUCCGUUCCACCAGAGGCUCAGUAGUAUAGUAGGACAGCAGUUUAAUCUUACCUUUACCAUUUCUCCAAGUGUGCGUGUGUGUGCGUGUUUUAGUCUGCUGCAGAACCGAGAGCAGAGCGUUCCUAUGUCCCAGAACGAUCACGUCCUGCGCGCGCGAUUGUCGUCCAUUUCAAAUGCACCAAUACUAAUGUAUCAGGUUAAGGGUUUUACUAGUGGAUAGUCAUAAUGUUAGCCAUACCAGUGACGAAAUGUAAGCGCACCGUGUUAAGCAAUGAAUUUUAGCUCGAGCAAAUAACUCAUGUCUAACUAUAUGGCGCACCGUUGAGCGCAGCCGUUUGUAAAACAUUCACUCAACUAACUACUAACAAUACGAACACACUGCAUACCUAACGUUACUAAUAAGCCUGACCAAAUGCAGCACGCGAGGGAUGCGAGGACAGGUGGUGGACCUUAGUAUACUAGCACAAACAGUUGAUACGGGGACGGUAGGCUACGGGAGCAACAGCUUUAAACAUCGAACCAAGCAAGCAAUAGCAUUCUCUGCUGGACAGGCGCUAGGGGGGGGGGGGGGGGGGAAAGGGUGCAAGGAAUAAGAGGAAGCUAUAGGACGUAAAACCAAAUAACGUAAAGGCAAUACAAUUUGAACUCUUCUUGAUAAUCAAAUGUCCUUCCAACGUAAAUUAAACAAAAAAACUUAACCAACCCGUUCUUGACGCAAUUCAAAUUCUGCUCCCCCAUUUAUUAUUCAACCACCACACCCAAAUGAAACUCACUUUAAAGGAAAAGGGCAGUACGUGGGGGGGGGAACAACUUAAUGGGCACACAAUUUCAUAAGGCACAUGCCAACCACCAGUGGAAGGCUUUUUAACCCCGCGACACGGGCUAGCUAACGAUGCAAUAAUGAUGGGAAGAGAGCCACCAACUCUGAGCUAGCUGAGCUAAUGAUGUUUUUAAAUCAAAAUUUUAUAAUCGAACGUAAUAGCUGUUGGAGGCGUUGACCAGAAUGUGUGUGUGUUAAACCAUCGAAAGUGGGAAUAUAUUGAAAAGCAUACAACUAAUAACAAAAUACAAAGCAACAAACUACUAUACAUACAUACAUACAUAUAUAUGAAUUAUAUAAAUGCAAAAUUAUCGUAAUCGAAAACACCACUAUUUGCUAGAUGCAAGCAUUGUUAGUUGUUAUUAAUAUUGUAAGUGCAUCCUACUCCCGGGGGUUUUGUCCUUCCCCACACAACUAGUGCUAAUGCAACACGGUCAGUCACAUGCACACACACACACACAAAACACACGCGCUAUUAAAAUAACGAACGUUUGUAACGUAUACAGUGGCUCAAACGCAAAUCCGGACAGCUUAAUAUAGAGGAAUUACUAGACUUUGAGGACGAUUAUGGUAGCCUUCGGCUGGAUAAUCAUCAUUCUCUCUUCAUCUCAACGCUUUAUACACCUUUCGAAGGACUGGUCACGUCAUGAGAAUGCCACCGGACGACCCAGCCCGUAAAGUCCUUUGAGGCCGUCCACACGGACAGAGGAGGCGCGGUAGGCCCAAACUGAGAUGGAGUGCUGGCGUUGAUGCGUCCGCCAGAACGGCCGAGAUAAGAUUGUUUGAUUGAGCGGUAUCAAAGAGUUUUGAAGUAGGCAAAGACCGCGAGAAGCCUCAUGAUGAAGUAUUCUUCUUCUUCUUUUUCUUUGGCACUACAACCUCGAGAAGGCUCGGUCUGCCGUUUCUGGCUUUCUGAGACUUAAUUUUACCCGUAGUAAAGUAGCCAGCCGUACCGCACGGAAAGGCAGUCUUGAAUGGGAUUUGAACCCCGGUCCUGGCGUGUAAAGACCGGCACUGUUAUCGCCUCAUGCUACAAGGAAUUGAGGCCAAUAUUAUGUUUCAUACAUGGCCUUUAAUUUACGUCUGAGGAUUAACAAAAUAUUUCCCAGGCGUUUGGCCAAUUUUUUAAUGGCCACCUGCAUGAUACUCACGGCGUGCAACCUUGAAAGGUCUCGGCCUGCCAUUUCUGGCUUUCUGUGAGGCAGUCUGGAUGGGAUUUUAACCCCGGUCCCGCCGUAUGAAGACCGGCACCGCUGUCGCCUCGGCCACUGGACCGCCCCCAAUGUUCUGUGUUGUACAGGUUAGGCAAUUGGUAAAAGGCAAUUUCUUGGGAUAUGUCUCCAAUAUCUCCGCACUAUCCUCCAUCAUUUGCUUUAACUUAACAAAGCAUUGGGCUAUGUUCACUAUGCAAGAAAAAGCUUAAGCUAUCCACUUCGUUGGCAAGUAACCCUCAAGCCUAACUGUUCUAGAACUGGCCAUUUUUGUGUUAUCAGCUAUAGAACACCGUAUAAGAAAUUUUAGUAUUAAGAACUCAUUCAUACGCCCGGUAAAAAAUACUUUCCUUCCUUGACCAAAGUGUCUUUAUCCCCGAAGUUUAAGAGCCAAUUUCGUCCUCGUUUUUGGUGUUCUCAGGUAUCAAUGCGAUACGUUCAGUAAUGUGGUUCUUAAAAUGGCGUCAUAUGAGGCUUGAAUUAACUUUUCUGAUGAAAUUCCUGAUGUGGUUUUUCCCCACUGUUGAAGGAGCUUUUUCUUGGACCAACUGCCCGGAGUUUUUAGGGCUCUGGUAUUGUACCAGAAAUAAUCGAUCUCCAUUAACACUUAAAAUGCCUCCAGAGUACUACAUUCCUCUCUCAUUUAAAAGUGAACAAAUAAUAUAUUGAAAGGUGUAUAGAUCGGUGAGAGAAGAGAGAUUUGGACGGUCCGGUGGUCGAAGCGAUAACGGGGUCGAUCUUCACACGGCAAGACCGGGGGUUCAAAUCCCAUCCCGACCGCCUCCCCGUACUACUACGGGGCAAAAUUAAGUCACAGAAGCCCGGAAAUGGCAGGCCAGUGAUCUCACGAGGUUGUAGUGCCAAGGUAGGCAGAUAAGGAGAUGUGUUGAAAAGCGAAUGAUGAUUAUCAUUCCCGUCCCAGGCUUACUAAGUCGUUCUCAAAGUUCAGCAAUGGUUCAAUGCUCAGAAUGUUCGGAUUUCCGUUUGAACCACUGUACAUGCAUCAACCCACACACACCCACAAAACACACUCAUCACUCACACCUUAAGACCACCUGGGAAGCGUUUUCUGAAGAAGAGUAUUUUUAUAGCGACGGGCUCCGUAACGCUCGUCCCAUUUGCUAGUGAUUAAGCGCCGAAUUUUAGAGCGUGUUGGAAACGGUUUAGAUAAUUGUAGCGCUUAUUUCAAGAGGCUAGUGUAUAGUUUUUUAGUUCAGCGAGAUUCUCAAUAUAUUUAUAUACAUUUGUCUCACACAUACUCACUCACUCUCUCUCUAACGUUAAGUUGCUGAUGGCAUAAUUUUAAACAACACGUACGGGUUUACAGCAAUUUCUUUACGGCAAUGCAGCGUCCUCGAAAGGAUGUCUCGAAAUCGCGAUGCAAAAGACCAAACCUGAAUGGCAUGUUCAUAUGACCAAAAACAAAGAAAACAAAAGGUGGACAUUAAAAUCAAAUUCACGAUGAUAAUAAGGCAAGCACCAUGUAAGCAAGCACCGAAUCAAAUUUUGCUCUAUCAAUGCACCCACUCGCACCCGUCUCCACCAAGCAAUUCGAAUUCCCUUUGACACCACCAAGCAUUAAUUGUUACGGCAUUAAAGUCACUUCCGGUGGCGACAGUGUGUUUGAUGAUCGGAUAAUAAAGCGAAACGUCUUGUUUGUUUGUUUUACUACCCCUAA